CUGGAAGCUACUGUAUGGCCCCGCCGUGAACUCACCACCUCAAACAUUCCUACACAUGCACGGAACUGGCAGAGUACUGGUCGUCAUCCAAUCGUGACCGCAUCGCAUCUCACCAUCCCACGCAUCGGUAGACGCUGCUAAAGAUGGUGAGAGCCAAACCUCAUCGGCCUCCAGCAUUGUGGGACGAAAGAUGGUCCACGCCAGCUGCCGCAGCGCGGGAACACCAGGGCAUCCGAAUCAUCACGCACAACAUUCGCUAUGCCGCAACAGACCGUGACGAGCAUGAGAGGCCUUGGAAGGAACGCUGCCCCCGCAUCGUCAAUGAGCUGCUCUACCACACCCGAUUCCUCGAUGGUAGCAGCCUUACGACUCCCUCCCAUGCACCUCCAUCCGCAGGCUUCAUCUGCUUGCAAGAAUGCCUUCACACUCAACUCAACGACAUUCUGAGUGCUCUGAACCGCACAUCCGAGACUCAACACAGCAACACUGGCCUUCCUUCCGGACCAAUUUGGGCUCACAUCGGCGUAGGCCGCGACGAUGGCAAGACUGUGGGCGAGUACAGCCCGAUACUCUACCCGACCCAAGUCUUCGAGCUCCUACAUUUUGAAAACACCUGGCUGAGUCCAACACCCGACAAACCGAGCAAAGGGUGGGAUGCAGGCAGUAUACGCAUCCUGACUACGGGGGUGUUUGCGCACAAGCGUACGGGGCGGCGACUCGCGGUUUUCAACACACAUUUGGAUAAUGAGGGGACGGAGUCGCGGGCGAAGAGCGUGCCGAUUAUUCUCGAAGUUAUAGAGCGCGCGACGAAAGAGUGGGCGGUGCACGAUUCUCUGGACUUCCUUCUUGCAGGGGAUUUCAACUCCGACCCGGAUGGCGAGGCCUACAAAGCUUUGGUAGCCAGUGGGUCGGUGGUUGACGUGCACGAUGCUGUGCCGAAACAUGCGCGGUAUGGUGACGAAGGAACGUUUACUGGAUUUCAUGCUGGAGGUGGGAGAGACCAGGGUAUCGGGAGGAUUGACUUUGUCUGGGUUGGGCCAAAGAAUAGAGUCAGUGCGUUUAAUGGAUUGAAGACGGCACGGGACAGCUGGACGAUUGAAGGAUACUCAACACUGCCCAAUGUCUUUGACGAUGGGGUAUUCUGUAGUGACCAUCGGGCUGUGGUUGCUGAUGUCGUUUCGUGGAGUAAAUGAGGAAGUGCAAUACAUCGCUUCCGCUAUCUGGAGGA